UUUUUUGGUAAUGCAUAAUUUUAAUCACAUCGCUCUGUUUUCUUCUUUCAGGUUAACAGGCUUCCAGGCUCCUCCCCCUGUCACCAGCACAGGGAAUGUUUUCUCCUUGAGGUUGACCAGCGACUUUGCCGUUUCUGCUCAUGGCUUCAAACUCAACUAUGAAGAACUACACAGUACAUCUUGUGGGAAUCCAGGUGUUCCACCAAAAGCGGUGCUAAGUAGUGGUGGCCGCUUCGCUGUAGGAGACCGGGUGCAAUACAGCUGCGUCCCUGGUUACGUCUUAGACGGUCACGCUACGCUCACAUGCAUAACCAAUGCGGCAAACAUUGCAGUCUGGGAUUUUCCUGCUCCUAUUUGUCGAGCUGAGGACACAUGUGGGGGCACUGUGAGGGGCGGCAGUGGGGUGGUGACCAGUCCCGGUUACCCCGGCAACUAUGGUAACCAAGCCGACUGUACUUGGAUCCUUUUGGCCGAACCCGGAGACACCAUCUCUGUCAUCUUUACAGACUUCCAGACCGAAGAAAAGUAUGACUACCUGGAAGUGGAGGGCUCAGAACCACCGACCAUCUGGUUGUCGGGAAGUAACGUGCCCUCUCCGAUCGUUAGCAACAAGAACUGGCUCCGACUGCAUUUUGUCACCGAUGGCAACCACCGUUACCGAGGUUUCAGUGCACAUUACCAAGUGAAGCGAUCAGUAGAUUUUAAGUCGAGGGGCGUAAAAUUAUUCCCCGGCAAAGACUCCAGCAACAAGUUUUCAAUAUUGAAUGAAGGUGGUGUCAGACAGGCGUCUAACUCCUGCCCUGACCCAGGAGAGCCGGAAAAUGGAAAACGCCAUGGAAAUGACUUCAGCAUUGGCAGUGUGGUCCAGUUCAGUUGUGGAGAGGACUACGUGCUGCAGGGCAGCAAAACCAUCAGCUGCCAGAGAGUGGCCGAAGUCUUCGCCGCCUGGAGUGACCACAGACCAGUCUGUAAAGCAAAGACGUGUGGCAGUAAUCUUCAGGGGCCAUCGGGGACCUUUACAUCUCCCAACUUUCCAAUUCAAUAUGAGAGCAAUGCCCAGUGUGUGUGGAUAAUUACAGCCUCAAAUCCAAAUAAGGUGAUCCAAAUCAACUUUGAGGAGUUUGACCUGGAGAUAGCCUAUGACACUCUGACUAUAGGAGAUGGAGGAGAGGUGGGAGAUCCUACAACUAUACUUCAGGUCUUAUCAGGCAGCUUUGUGCCUGACCUGAUUGUCAGCAUGACCCACCAGAUGUGGCUCCACCUCCAGUCAGAUGAGAGUGUUGGAUCUAUAGGAUUUAAGAUCAACUACAAAGAAAUAGACAAAGAGAGUUGCGGUGACCCUGGGACGCCUCUCUACGGAGUAAGAGAGGGCGACAGCUUCUCCAACGGGGGAAUCCUGAGGUUCGAGUGCCAGUUUGGCUUCGAGCUGAUCGGAGAAAAAACCAUCUCCUGCCAAGAUAACAACCAGUGGUCUGCGAACAUACCCAUAUGUAUAUUCCCCUGCAUGUCCAACUUCACAGCUCCCUCAGGAACAGUCCUCUCCCCAGAUUACCCAGAAGGCUACGGGAACAACAUGAAUUGUGUCUGGCUCAUCCAGUCUGAUCCCGGCUCGAGAAUCCACUUGGCAUUUAAUGAUUUCGACCUUGAGGCGCCGUACGAUUCCCUGACCGUGAAAGAUGGCGAGACAAACGAUGCCUCUGUCAUCGGGAGGUUCUCCGGAGCCGAGAGCCCAUCCCACCUGACGUCCAACACCAACACUCUGAGGCUGGAGUUUCAGGCCGAUCACUCCAUGUCUGGGAGAGGAUUUAAUAUCACUUACAGCACGUUUGGCCACAAUGAGUGUCCGGAUCCUGGCAUUCCCAUCAAUGCUCGUCGCUUUGGAGACAGCUUCCAGCUCGGCAGCUCCAUCUCUGUGGUGUGUGAGGACGGUUUCAUUAAAACCCAGGGAACGGAGACCAUCUCCUGUCAGCUAGAACGGGGAAAAGUCAUGUGGAGUGGGCCCAUUCCUAAAUGCGAAGCGCCAUGUGGCGGCCACUACUCUGCUCCGAGUGGGAUCAUUCUGUCUCCUGGGUGGCCCGGUUACUACAAAGACUCCCUCAGCUGCGAGUGGGUGAUCGAAGCCGAGCCAGGACGUUCCAUCAAGAUCACAUUUGACAGGUUCCAGACAGAGUUGGGUUACGACUUCCUCGAGAUCCAUGAUGGGCCGAACCUCCUAUCGCCUCUGGUUGGCUCCUUUAAUGGAACCCAGGUGCCUCAGUUCCUAUUUAGCAGCAGCAACUUCCUUUAUCUCCUGUUUACCACUGAUAACAGCCGCUCCAACGUUGGCUUCAAAAUACUCUACGAAAGUGUUACAGUGGACAGCUAUUCAUGCCUCGAUCCUGGUAUUCCUGUCAACGGUAUUCGAUAUGGACAAGAUUUUUCCAUCGGAUCCACAGUUUCAUUUGGCUGUGAUUCAGGCUACAGACUCAGCCAUGAAGAGCCGCUGGUGUGCGAAAAGAACCACUGGUGGAGCCACCCCUUACCAACAUGUGAUGCACUGUGCGGCGGGGAUGUCAGGGGCCCCUGGGGAACCAUCCUCAGUCCCGGCUUUCCAGACAGCUACCCUUCAUCUCUCAACUGUACCUGGACGGUUGAAGUCAGCCAUGGGAAAGGCGUCCAGUUUCAGUUCAACUCCUUCCAUCUUGAGGACCAACAUGACUACCUCUUGGUAACCGAGAACGGGAGCUUCCUGCAACCUCUGGCUCGGCUGACCGGCAAUGAGUUGCCUAGCAACAUCAAUGCUGGUCUCUAUGGCAACUUCAAAGCCCAGCUACGAUUCAUCUCUGACUUUUCUAUCUCGUACGAGGGAUUCAACAUAACUUUCUCAGAAUACACUUUGGAGCCAUGUGAGGACCCUGGGAUGCCCAGGUUCGGCCGGAGAAAUGGCUACAGUUUUGGGGUCGGAGACACUUUGUCCUUCUCCUGCAACUUAGGGUACCGCCUUGAGGGGGCGCCAGAGUUGAUCUGUCUAGGUGGAGGGCGAAGAAUGUGGAGUGCUCCUUUACCAAGAUGUGUUGCUGAGUGCGGUUCUUCAGUCAUAAAUAACGAAGGCAUCCUCUUGUCUCCAAACUACCCAAUGAACUACGAUAACAAUCACGAGUGCAUCUACAGCAUCCAGGUGCAAGCUGGGAAAGGCAUCAACAUCUCAGCUAGAACAUUUCAUCUGGCCCAGGGCGAUAUUCUCAAGAUUUAUGAUGGCAAAGACAACACUGCUCAAGUUCUUGGAGCAUUCACUGGCUCGUCCAUGUUGGGCCUGACUCUGAUUUCCACAUCAAACCACCUCUGGCUGGAAUUUUACAGUGAUGCUGAAGACACUGGAGAAGGAUUCAAACUGGUUUACUCAAGUUUCGAGCUGUCUCAUUGCGAGGACCCAGGUGUGCCUCAGUUUGGAUUCAAAGUCAACGACCAAGGCCAUUUCUCUGGGAGCAGCAUCACAUACAGAUGUGAGCCCGGUUACACUCUGCACGGGGCUUCGACACUCAAGUGUAUGACAGGUGAAAGGAGAGCCUGGGAUAACCCUCUGCCGUCCUGCAUAGGUAUGCUCUUGUUACAUUAUGUCUUUUACACACUGAACGAGAAACAAAGUUGCCUCCUAUCCCCACAUUCAAGCCAAGUGAUUUGGUGUCCCGCUUGUUUUAGGGGUGUGGCGGAAAGUUAUCCUACAGUCUUGUCUGAAAAGUUCGUAUUGAAAUAUCUUAACCUUGAUGAUUUUUCUUCCCUUUUAAAUGGCAGCCUUCAGUUCUUGGCCUUUGACACGGAAGCCAGCCACGACAUGCUGAAAGUUUGGGACGGCCCGCCUGAGAAUGAAAUGUCUCUGGCAGAGCUGAGUGGAUCUUUGCUUCCAGAGGGAAUCCAUUCCACUCUAAACACAGUCACUGUCCAGUUUGAGACUGACUUUUACAUCAGCAAGUCAGGGUUUGCCAUUGAAUUUUCCAGCUCCGUAGCCACAGCCUGCAGGGACCCAGGUGUGCCGAUGAACGGCACGCGCAGCGGAGACGGCCGUGAGCCGGGGGAUUCGGUGUCCUUUCAGUGCGACCCUGGAUACGAGCUCCAGGGAGACGACAAAAUAACCUGCAUACAAGUGGAUAACAGAUACUACUGGCAGCCCAGCCCGCCUGUCUGCAUAGCACCUUGUGGGGGAAAUCUGACUGGCUCCAAUGGGUUCAUCCUCUCUCCUAACUAUCCACAUCCCUACCCACACUCAAAGGACUGCGACUGGCUCAUUGCUGUCAACUCAGACUACGUCUUGUCGCUGGCCUUCAUCAGUUUCAACAUUGAGCCAAACUACGACUUCCUGUACAUCUACGACGGUCCGGACAGCAACAGUCCUCUCAUCGGGAGCUUCCAGGACAGCAAACUUCCAGAGCGCAUAGAGAGCAGCUCCAACACAAUGCUUCUAGCCUUCCGCAGUGAUGGCUCUGUUUCAUAUACUGGCUUUCACCUGGAGUACAAAGCCAAACUGAGGGAGUCCUGCUUUGACCCAGGGGUGGUUCUGAACGGGACCAGGUUGGGAUCCGAUUACAAGCUGGGCUCGACAGUCACCUUUUACUGUGAAGCAGGAUAUGUUCUGCAGGGCUACUCGACUCUCACCUGCAGUAUGGGAGAUGAUGGGAGGCCCGGAUGGAACAGAGCUUUGCCUAGCUGUCAAGCUCCCUGCGGAAGCCGCUCCACGGGGUCGGAAGGGACCGUCUUAUCGCCAAACUUUCCCAGAAACUACACUUCCGGACAGACCUGCAUGUAUUCCAUAUCCGUGCCGAGAGAGUUUGUCCUCUUCGGUCAGUUUGUGCUGUUCCAGACAUCCCUGAAUGAUGUCGUGGAAAUCUAUGAUGGACCCACCCAACAAAACACGCUGCUCUCCUCUCUCUCCGGUUCCCACUCCGGUGAAUCGCUGCCUCUGAGUUCAGGAAGCCAGAUCACAGUAAAGUUUACCACGGUGGGACCAGAAACUGCCAAGGGAUUCCAUUUUGUCUACCAAGCUGUACCCAGGACAAGCUCCACUCAGUGCAGCUCAGUCCCAGAGCCACGCUUCGGGAAACGUCUCGGUAAUGACUUUGCAGUCGGCUCCUUGGUGCAGUUUGAGUGCAACCCCGGAUACGUGCUUCAUGGCUCCACUGCCAUUCGCUGCGAGAGCGUACCGGACAACCUGGCUCAGUGGAAUGACACCCUGCCAACAUGCAUAGUUCCCUGUGGAGGCGUACUGACCUCUCGCCGUGGAACCAUCCUGUCUCCAGGCUACCCAGAACCGUAUGACAACAAUCAGAACUGCGUGUGGAAGGUGUCCGUUCCAGAAGGGGCCGGAAUACAGAUACAAGUUGUGAGUUUUGCAACUGAACAUAACUGGGACUCGCUGGACUUCUACGACGGUGCCGACAACCAUGCGCCGAGACUCGGCAGCUACUCUGGCACAACUAUCCCCCCUCUCCUGAAUAGCACAUCUAACAACCUCUAUCUCAGCUUUAGCUCUGAUAUUAGCGUCUCAGCUGCUGGAUUUCACCUGGAAUAUACAGCCAUUGGUUUGGAAUCAUGUCCAGAGCCCCAGACACCAAACUAUGGAAUCAGACAAGGAGACAGAUUCAUGGUUGGAGAUGUUGUCCAGUUUUCAUGUGAACAAGGAUACUCUCUUCAGGGAAAUGCACAUAUCACCUGCAUGCCUGGGCCUGUUAGAAGAUGGAACUACCCUGUACCUCUGUGUAUAGCCCAGUGUGGUGGCUCUAUGAAGGAUGUCAGUGGGGUGAUUCUGAGUCCAGGUUAUCCCGGUAACUAUCCCAGUGGAUUGGACUGCACCUGGAGUGUUAACUUACCUGUUGGCUUUGGUAUUCAUCUCCAGUUUUUAAACUUCUCCACCGAAGCGAUCCACGAUUACCUAGAGAUCCGUAGUGGAACGCUGGAGACGGGUUCUGUGAUUGACCGGUUCAGCGGUCCAGUCAUUCCUAAGCCCUUGUUCAGCACCACCCACCAAACCACCUUUUUUUUCCACAGCGACUACUCACAAAACAAACCAGGGUUCCACAUCACGUAUCAAGCCUACCAGCUUCAGAGCUGUCCUGACCCACGGCCGUUCCGAAACGGCAUCGUAAUUGGCACAGAUUUCAGCGUAGGGAUGACGGUGUCUUUUGAAUGUCUGCCUGGAUAUUCUCUGAUCGGAGAGGCCUCGCUGACGUGUUUACACGGAAUAAGCAGGAACUGGAACCAUCCUUUGCCGCGGUGUGAAGCCUUGUGUGGUGGUAACAUUACCUCAUUAAAUGGAACCAUUUACUCUCCCGGACACCCGGAAGAAUAUCCAAACUUCCAGGACUGUGUGUGGAGUGUCAGAGUUCCUCCUGGACAUGGGAUUUAUAUCAAUUUCACUGUUCUGAGCACAGAACCCAUCUAUGACUACAUCACUGUCUGGGACGGUCCAGAUCAAUCAUCCCCUCAGAUAGGCCAGUUCAGUGGGAAUACCGCUUUGGAAUCUGUCUACUCAACUUCCAACAUCAUCCUCAUUAAAUUCCACUCCGACUUCUCCGGGUCAGGCUUCUUUGUCUUAAGCUACCAUGCCUACCAAUUAAGAGUCUGCCAGCCUCCCCCAGAAGUACCAAAUGCUGACAUGCUGAUGGAGGAUGGCGAGUUGGAGAUAGGUGACAUCAUCAGAUAUCGAUGCCAUCCGGGCUUCUCAUUGGUUGGCAAUGAAAUUCUGACCUGUCGCUUGGGAGAGAGACUGCAGAUGGAUGCCCCUUCUCCUACAUGCCAAGUUCAAUGCCCCGCUCACGACGUGCGAUACGACUCAUCGGGUGUCAUCCUGAGCCCAGGGUGGCCGGAGAGCUACCCGAACCUCCAGAUGUGUUCCUGGAGCAUUAACGUGGAAAAGGGAUACAAUGUCACCAUAACCUUUGAGAGUUUCCACACAGAGAGGGAGUUUGAUGUGCUAGAGAUUUUUGAUGGCCCCACAACCAACAGUCCAACUCUGGCAACGCUGAGCGGAGACCUGCCAACACCCUUCAACAUCACGACCUCCGGUCAUCAGUUUCUAGUCCGCUGGUCCUCAGAUCACGGCACCAACAAGAAAGGCUUCAAAAUUCGCUAUGUUGCCCUGUACUGCUCCACGCCAGACUCGCCCCUCCACGGCUCCAUAUCGUCUCAGACAGGCGGUCAUGUCAACAGUGUGGUGCGCUGGGCUUGCGACCGCGGUUACCGUCUCAUAGGCAACGGCACGGCGACUUGCCGCCGUACGUCGCAGGGCUACCACGCCUGGGACUCUCCUGUGCCUGGUUGUCAAGCCGUCUCCUGCGGGCCACCCAAGGCACCGAUAAACGGUGGAGUGCUAACCGCCGACUACUCCGUGGGAACAAGAGUUUCUUACUUCUGCAACGACGGAUACAGACUCUCCAGUAAAGAACUGACAUCAGCCAUCUGUCAGCCUGACGGAACAUGGAGCAACCAUAACAAGAUACCGAGAUGUUCCGUGGUAGUCUGUCCCAGCAUCGGGUCGUUUUCCCUGGAGCACGGCCGCUGGAGGAUUGUUAACGGCUCGCACUACGAGUACAGAACUCGCAUCGUAUUCACCUGCGACCCGGGGUACUACAGGUUAGGCCCCGCCCACAUCCAGUGUCUAGCCAAUGGGGUGUGGAGCUGGAAGAACGAGAGGCCGCACUGCCAGAUUAUCUCGUGCGGCGACCUUCCUUCGCCUCACAAUGGAAAGAAGAUUGGUACUCAGACGACGUUUGGCGCCACGGCCAUCUUUACGUGCGAUGUUGGCUUCAUGCUGGUGGGGUCAGCUGUCAGAGAGUGCCUGUCAUCUGGGCUUUGGAGCGGAACGGAAACAAAGUGUUUAGCUGGCCACUGUGGAAUCCCAGAGGGAAUUGUGAACGGCCAGGUCAUCGGGGAAAACUUUGGGUACCGUGACACAGUUGUGUACCAGUGUCUGCCUGGCUACCGCCUCAUAGGCUCAUCGGUUCGAAUCUGCCUCCAAGAUAACCAGUGGUCCGGACAGCUGCCCAUCUGCAUACCGAUCAGCUGCGGCCACCCAGGAAGUCCCAUCUACGGCCGCACGGUGGGAAAUGGCUUUAAUCUCAACGAUGUGGUCAGCUUCGUUUGCAACCGGGGAUACGAGAUGGAGGGGCCCGCACGUGCUCAGUGCCAGGCCAACAGACAGUGGAGCCACCCGCCCCCAACGUGUAAAGUGGUCAACUGCUCUGAUCCCGGCAUCCCAGCCAACUCCAUUCGGCAGAGUAAAAUAGAACAUGGCAACUUCACUUUCGGCACGGUGGUGUUCUAUGACUGCAACCCUGGUUAUUACCUCUUCGGCUCACCGGUGCUGACCUGUCAGCCCACCGGACAGUGGGACAAGCCUCUUCCUGAAUGCAUAGUUGUAGACUGCGGCCAUCCAGGCUCUCCGCCCAACGGCAUGCUGACUGGAGAGAAGUUCACAUUUGGUUCCACAGUCCGAUAUUCCUGUCUGGGUGGGAGGCAGCUAAAAGGAGAAUCUUCUCGGAUGUGUCAGCUCAAUGGGAUGUGGAGCUCCCCCAUGCCCUUCUGCUCGGGUGACAUUGCUGGUUCUUGCGGCGAUCCGGGCAUUCCCUCCCACGGCUCAAGGGAACAGACGGAUUUCAAGAUCCGUUCCAAGGUCUACUUCACCUGCUCAGAGGGCUACGAGCUCAUUGGGUCUGCAGAGAGAAUGUGCUUCCCCAACGGGACGUGGUCCGGCACUCAGCCCUUUUGUAAACCCAUUCAGUGUGGAAAUCCCGGCACUCCCAGUAACGGCAGAGUCUUUCGCCUUGAUGGGACGACGUUCUCCCACUCUGUCAUCUACUCCUGCAUGGAUGGUUACCUGCUCACUGGUGCCACCACCAGGCUGUGCCAGGCCAACGGGACAUGGUCGGGGGCACAGCCAAACUGCACUAUGAUAAACUGCGGGGAUCCUGGCAUCCCGGCCAACGGCCUUCGCUACGGUGAGGAUUUCACUAUCGGACAGAACGUUUCCUUUCAGUGCCAGCCGGGCUACAGGAUGGAGGAGGACGGGUCGCCUAUGAGGAUGUGCACCCAGAACGGGACGUGGGGUGGAAACAUGCCCAUAUGUACAGCGGUGACCUGCCCGACUCCCGCCGCCAUCAGCAACGGCGUACUGCAGGGCAGUGACUUCGAGUGGGGCAGCAGCGUGAGCUACAGUUGCUCACCGGGGUACGAACUCUCGUUCCCGGCCAUCCUGACCUGCGUAUCCAACGGCACCUGGAGCGGCAUGCUUCCGCAGUGCCUACCCAAGUUCUGUGGCGACCCAGGCACGCCAGUCGGUGGCUUCAGAGAGGGUCGGAGUUUCAUUUAUCAAUCCGAAGUGUCCUUCAGCUGCUCUCCACCUCUGAUACUGGUCGGCACGGCAACCAGACUUUGCGAGAACGACGGCACCUGGAGUGGAACUCAACCACGCUGCAUCGAACCAACCAAAACCAGCUGCGAUAACCCGGGAACGCCUCGCUACGGCUCCCUGAACCGGACCUUUGGUUUUAAGGUGGGGAGCGUGGUGUCAUUUCAGUGCCAGUCGGGUCAUUUGCUUCAGGGAUCGUCAUCCAGAACCUGCCAACCCGAUCUGACGUGGACUGGGACACAACCCGAGUGCAUACCCCACGCCUGUAAGCAGCCGGAGAGCCCGCUCCAUGUGGACGUGGUGGGGAUGGAUCUUCCCGGAUUUGGCUACACCUUGGUGUACAGCUGUCAGCGCGGGUACUUCCUGGCGGGCGGCUCCGAGCACCGGGUCUGCAAGAGUGAUAGCACUUGGACGGGAAAGAUGCCAAUAUGUAGAGCUGGAGAGAAGAAGAAACCUGUGAAACCGGUACCGGGAACACCCAGCCCAAAACUUAACGUUCCAGACGAUGUUUUUGCUCCUAACUACAUAUGGAAGGGUUCCUACAAUUACCGGGGCAGGAAGCAGCCGAUGACGCUGAGCAUCACCAGCUUUAACUCCACGACCGGGAGAGUCAACGUGACGCUCAGCAACGGCAACCUGGAGCUGCUCCUGUCAGGAGUUUACAAGGCUUCAGAGGCCAGGCUUUUACUUCUGAUGCAUCAGGUGAACUAUGUUAACCAGGGAAGCCAACUGAAAGAUUCAGCCAUCUCUCCAGCCAAGAUCAUGGAGGACUCCUGGACUAUGGAUGGAUAUGUAUCAGCAGAGCCUGAUGGGUCCACCUACGUGUUCCAGGGUUUCAUUCAGGGAAAAGACUACGGACAGUUUGGACUACAAAGACUGGGUCUAAACAUGUCAGAGAGUCAAAACUCGACACCUCCACAGCUUGGUACCAACAGCAGUUCUGUGGCUAUUGCUAUUCUGGUGCCUUUCUUCGCUCUGAUCUUUACUGGCUUUGGAUUCUAUCUCUACAAGCAGAGAACUACUCCAAAAACGCAGUACACCGGCUGCUCGGUGCACGAAAACAACAACGGCCAAGCUGCCUUCGAGAAUCCCAUGUACAACACCAAUGCCAAAGCUGUCGAGGGAAAGGCCGUCAGAUUCGAUCCUAAUUUAAAUACUGUCUGCACCAUGGUCUGAGGAGCGGCUGUCCUCAGUCAAAAUGAACGACUCGCAUUUCUAAUGGGACCACAGCUGGUGCAAAGACGGUGUAAAAGGGCAAACUUUACCGAGGCCAAGCAUCAUGGUGUGUACAAGAACCAACCAACCAACCAACCAACCAACCAACCAACCAACCAACCGAUCCUUUCUUUUUGGAAAAGAUCCCAGCUCCCAACCCUCGCCCACGCAGAGGAACGACUCUCCAGCUGAAACCAAAAUCCAGCGUCGGUUUGCUUAAAGCUGUCAGCAUCUAGUGAGAGAAAAGACUGCAAGGUGACAAAAAAAAAAAGCUCCAUUUCUAUCUCUAACUCAGAGCAAGUUGUAGAAACUUUCUGAUCCGAAUCUAAAUCAGACACACACACACACACACACACA